AUGGCGCUCCAGGCCGCGCGACCGCGGCAUUUCUGCUUUCUCUGUCAUUCUUGCGCCUCUCGUUUAGCGUUUCCGCCACGACCUGCGUCCUCUGCCUCUUUUCUUGCCUCCUGUUCGCCGGAAAACAGCCCAUUCCCUGCCCGAAAGGAUGCUGCGGAAGAUUUUGCAUCUUCCACUCGUCUUGGCUCGUGUUGUUCUCCUCGUCGCUCUGCCUCUUCGCCCGGCGCGUCUUCUGCUGCGUCGUCCCCUGCCUCUUCGCUGGCGUGUUCGCUGCCGUCAGCCUUGCCUCAGACUCCUCACUUCUAUCUGUCUCUUCACUCGCCGCGCGCCGGUCGCCUGCCUCUAGGCCCUCCGCCGAGCCGCGCCUUGUUGGCCUCGCUGCCCCUGUCGAGCUUUGCCUUGAAUGUUCGCUCCGCGGCGCUCUCCUCUGCGCCUUCGCCCUCGCGCCCAUCCUCUUGCGAGGCUCUCAUUGCCUCGCUACCCACGCUCGGGCCCCAGCAGGUGGCGCCCGCUGCCCGCAAGCUCCUCCACGAGGGCGUUCUCGACGCCCACGUCUGGCGGCACGUGUCGCGGCGGACAAGCGACAUCUGCGAGGAAAUGACCGUGGAGCAGAUUGGGCUUCUCCUGAGAGUUUACGCGCUGCGACAACUCCAGGAUUUCAAUCUCUUCUCCCAGCUCUCUGCGCGCCUUGUUGCCAUCGCACAAGCCGGGAGCGGCGGCGAGCCUCCCUCGUCGCCGUUCCGCGGCGUCGACCUUGUGAAUAUUUUGGUCGCCUGCGGCAAGCUCCUUUUCUCUGACAAGCAGCUGCAUGCACUCCUCGCCAAGCAGCUUCCCCACGUGCUCUCCGAGUUGCGGCCAAAGGACCUCGUCAACAUCGCGCACGCCUACUCUAAGCUGCGGAUUGUGGAUGAGGAGCUGUUUCGUCUUGUCGCAAGAGCGCUGCCUCCGUACGUUUACGACUUGACUCCGAUUGCCUUAGCCAAUGUCUGCACGUCGUAUGCGAGCGUCGGCUUAUACGAGGGGAAGCUGUUUGACGCGGUGACGGCGGAAGCGGAGAGACGUAUUACCGAAUUCGGCGGCUGCGAACUUCUCAGCCUUCUCCUCGGGCUCAGCAGAAUGCAGGCCGCUCUACCUCAGGACAAGAAGCGCCGAGACAGCCGAUGCGUGGCAGCGAUUCUGCGGGCUCUGCGCGGGCGCAUGGGGCCCUUUGGCUUCGUUCAGAAUCUCCAGGUGCUGGAGUCUCUCAUUCUGCUAGGUCACUAUGACUCCCUCUUCAUUCACACGAAAGUCCUGCCUGCUCUCCUCGCGCGGCGGCCGAGCCCCCCCGGGAGCGCCAACGCAUCUAAGUCUCACGGAUCCGCAGCGGAUGCGGCUUCUGCUGCGACGGCUGACGCUGUACUGGGGCUCUACCUGCGAGUGCUUUGUUGCCUCUACCGCCUGCCUAGCCUCUCGCACACCGGGCUUCAGCUUCUCCAAGAAAUCGCUGAACAGCUUCCCCGGUGUUUCCAGAAGACGCAGGUCGCAGGCAUGGCGGUCGCCAUUCAUCUCCUCAGCAAGCUCGACUGCCACGAUUAUGACUGCUUUUCGAAAGCCGAGGCCCUCCUCUUAGCUGAUCGAGUUGCGGCCCUCCGCCAGCUGCGCUUCGCGCACGUUCUGCAGCUUCGGGAUGCCUUCAGAGCAUUCGGAGACGACGAGCACUGGGCUGAAGUCCUGAAGUUCCUGGAUGGGCUAGUGUUGGAGACGCAGGCGCUGCUGGACGAGGCGCGCCAGCAGGACUCGCAAGGAACAGCUGGUAUGCCGGCGGAUCAGCGUACACUGCAUGCGAGAAGUCAGCCUGUGGGCGAUCUGGAGCUGGGGCGGGAGACAGGUUCCUCCGCUUGCUUGGAUGAGCGAGAAAGCGGGUGGACGAGGCGCACGGAGGCAGAUCGGCAGAGCCCGGGGGCAGUGUGCGACGACGCUGGUAGCGCGGACGCUACAAAACCGCGGGGAACUCCAAAGAGACAAAGCGUGCGAUUAGACUCUCACGACGCGAGGGAGGCUGCUGGCGACCCUCUGCGGACUCUGGAAAUACGGCCGCAGGCAGCGUCGCUUCAGCGCAAAAUGGAGGCCGUCGUGCAUGCGCACCAGUAUAGCCCGGACGGAGAGUACACAUCGCGGCCGGUACUCUUGAACAAGCACGUCAAACUCAAGAAUAGAGGACCCGGUGUGGUGAAAAUAGAUUAG